GUGCUAAUGUAAAGAGAAAAAGUAGAUUUUUGAAUUUAAGGUCUGUUAAAAAAAAGUCUUAGGCAAGUUUUAAACUUCUCGCAUGUGUGUCCGUAAAAACAAGGAAACUACAACGAGAACAUAUUGGAAAAGACCAGCGAAAUGCGCAAACGAGUAAUUUUAAAACCAUGGCAACCAACUACAGCAUAUGUAGACUGGAUAAAGGGAUUCAAUUAUAUCCGGGCGGAUAAACAACAGUGCACAUAUAAAACACACCUCUAAAUAGAGCUGCUUUAUCAAAAUAUGCAUGGAGGACAGCGAACUUUAAUCGUCCAGUCGCCAUCACUUUGGCACUACUACUAAUAAUACGCACGUUUGUAAAGGAAUGAUCGAGCUCCUAUAUUAAGUGCUUGAGACAAGAACGAGACAUGGACAACAUACAAGGAUGGAAGGAUAAACAAUAAUACAGAUGGCGGGAACUUAUGUCAGGCACCUGGAUCGGAGUGAUGGCUGGCAAAGUCUGGUAUCUAAAACAAGAUGACUUCAAUGUGUUUUACCAGGUGUUUGAACCAUCUGUUAAUAAAUCUAAAGAAUCAGAGAAAAAGUGCAGCCAAGAUUUUUCUCAAGACAAGAAGCCAUUUGUAGGCAUAGAGUGUUACACUCAGGAAGAGUCUUUGAAAGAAUCAUGUUGUAGACAUAUCAAGUUGGAACAUGCACAGAAAGAGAGUAAAGCAGCCAGUCACUUACAAACUGACCAUCUUGCAGCCCGGGUACCCGAUAAUAUGAUGCAGGAAGACUAUGUUGGUAUCCUUCGUGAAUAUUUUCAGCUUGAGGUAGACAUUGAAAACCUGUAUGAGAAAUGGUCAGCAGAAGAUGCCUAUUUCAAGAGUGUGGCUGGCAAUUUUGGUGGAAUUCGCUUGCUUCGCCAAGACCCUGUGGAAAACUUGUUUUCUUUCAUCUGUGCUUCAAACAAUAAUAUAGCUCGCAUAAGCAGCAUGGUUGAGAAAUUGUGUGACCACUUUGGUAGACCCAUCACAGAGGUGAAUGGACGGCUUUAUCAUGACUUCCCUUGUGUAGAUGUGCUGGCUCAAGAUGGAGUUCAAAAAAAAUUGAGAGAGCUUGGCUUUGGAUACAGAGCUGAGUUUAUUGUAUCAUCUGCCAAAUCAGUAAUGGAAAAGGGUGGGCUCAGCUGGUUGCUAUCUUUGCGGUGUGGUUCUUUUGAAAAGGCCAGAAGUGAGCUCAUGAAACUUCGUGGUGUUGGAGAGAAGGUGGCAGAUUGUGUCUGCUUGAUGUCACUGGACAAAACCUGUGCUGUUCCAGUUGACACUCAUGUUUGGAAGUUUGCUGCCAAGCACUAUUUACCAGCUUUGAAGAUGGCCAAGACCCUAACCACCAAGCGGUACCAAGAAAUCAGCAAGCAUUUUCAAAAUAUCUGGGGAAAUUAUGCUGGCUGGGCACAGUGUGUACUAUAUGCAGCACAACUGAAACACAUGAAGAGUAUUGCCUCUUCACGUAAUGGUGACACAAGUGAACCUAUGAUUAAAAAACUCAAACACUGACAAGACUACAGCUGUAAGAAGACCAAGAGAGCGAGUUCCUGAUCAAGCCUCUAGGGAUUAUAGCGAAUACAUAGCUAGAAUGCAUUCUGUUGCCACAGAAUGGAAUUGUAUAUAUAAAAUGAAUUGGAUACCAACUUCUGAGUAUCAUAUAAAUGAAAUAAUUUGGUUUUUAGAGAGUUGUUCUCUCUCAAGCUAUAGAAUGCAUUCUAUAAGUAUAAAAUGAAAUGUAUAGAUACAGAAUGCAUUCUAUACUCCACAUAUACUCAGGGGCAGGUGUAGAGAAUGUGUGUGUGAGAGACACUAUUUCAACAUGUACAUUUACAUAUCUUCUUUUAUAUUGCAGGCUGGAUGCUUGUAUUCAGGUCAUCUAAACUCAUACUAUUUUAUAAUCAUGUUAGCAGACCGUUAGCUAACAUGAUUGUGCACGUGAACACAGGGCCCUUUAGCAUGGCCAUUGCUGCUUUUGGUAUUCAUCGUAAACAAAAUUGGUACUUGCUGUCUUCAUUUUCUUGCAAUUCACACAUUUCUUUUUGACUAUUUGUCAGCUAUUUUUGAGUAACACUCCAAAGUAUAGGCCUCAGAGCAGAACUAACUUGGCCCACGACUAUUUUUAAACAUUUGAUAUGUGUGUGUGUGUGAGAGGAUUUUAGCAGCCAGGGUAUGAACAUCACAACAUUAAGAAGAAAACUGAUUGCAUAUCUGGCAUAGAUCUUUAUCUCUUUGCUUUCUAUUUACAUUUUGACAAAUGAUGUAAAGAGAAAAAACUUUAAAUAUUUCCACCUCAAAGAGCAAGGAAAAAAAAUCCAGAGUAGGUACUGACUUCAGCAUGGAAACAAGAAUUAGCACAUUGUUUUGCUGGUAAAAGGGUGUUUGCACGCAACACUGGGGUGCAAGUGGCAUAAUACUAGGGAACCACAUCUGAUCCUUCAGGUUGUGAUAUGAAUGGUGCAAUUUUUUACAGCAAACUUAUUUACAUUUUAAGCAAACUCUCUGUGUGUGUUGGAGGAGGAGGAUUAAAUUCAACAUUUGUGAUUGAAAAUUAGGUAGUGUGUGAUUAAAAACUUUAAUGUAACUGUU